GUUUAUGAUGUUUUCAUUCCGAUGAACACAUUUUCUUUAUUUGUUUCCGUUCUAAUUGUCGAGUCAUGCUGAAUGUUUUUGGAGUCUCCGCAAGUAUGCCCGAUGACUCUCGUUCCCAGAAAAUGGGCCUUUUAGGUGCCAUAUCAUAUAUUGUGGGUAAUAUUGUUGGUUCCGGAAUUUUCAUCACUCCUACAUCGAUUAUCGAGAAUGUAAACUCGGUCGGCUUAUCACUUGCUAUCUGGAUAUUGGCGGCUUUUAUCUCAAUGCUUGGCUCGUUUUGUUACGUCGAACUUGGCACGUCUAUACGUCUUUCCGGUGGAGAUUUUGCAUACCUUUGUUUCAUGAAAUGGUAUCCUGUGGCGUUUGCUUUUAUGUGCAUUGGUUGUACUAUCAACUAUCCAGCGACACUUGCAGUUCAGGCACAGACAUUCGCCGAAUAUGUAUUCCGGGGAGCCGGAGUGGAGCUAGAUGAAACGUCCGAAUUCUGGGCUAAGAAGCUUUUGGGAUUCUCACUAAUCAUUCUUCUCAUGUUUAUGAACUUCUUCUCAUUGAAAACCUUUGUUCAAAGAUUUUCAAUUCUUGCCUCACUUGCGAAAAUUGCAGCGACACUUCUAAUCAUUAUCACUGGAUUUUACUAUUUAAUAUUCAAACACUGGAAACAAAAUCUUGAAGAGCCUUUUAAAGGUUCAAAUUGGAAUCCAGGUCCAUUUGUGAAUGCUUUGUUCGCUGGUCUCUUCUCUUACGAUGGAUGGGAUAUUUUGAAUUUUGGAGCUGAGGAGAUUGAGAAUCCAAAAAGAACAAUGCCACUUUCAAUUAUCAUUGGAAUGACAUGCAUCGGAGUGAUUUAUGUAGCAGUUAAUGUUGCAUACAGUAUUGUUCUUUCUCCCACUGAAAUGAUUGCCUCAAAUGCUGUUGCAAUUGAUUUCGCAAAUAAAACUCUUGGAGCAGCUGCUUUCGUUGUUCCAGUCAUGGUUGCUAUUCUACUAAUUGGAUCACUCAAUAGUACUAUGUUUUCUGCAAGCAGAUAUCUGCAAGCUGUCUCCCGUCAAGGACAUAUCCCGAGUGCAAUUUCUGGUAUUGCACCAAAUUGUGAUUCUCCAAGAGUAGCUCUCCUUGUUCAUAUCCUUAUCGCAAUUGCUGUCUCAUUUUUGGGUGAUCCUGACAAAUUGAUUAACUAUGUAGCAUUUGCUCAAUGGUCACAAAGAGCAUUUACAAUGUCGGCUCUUCUUUAUCUUCGUAUCAGAGGACGGCCUCGUCAUCCAGAUCGUAUUCAACUUCCAAUCAUUAUGCCAAUUUUAUUCUUCCUCGUGUGCACUUCAAUGGUUGUGAUUAGUAUUAUUGACGAUUUCAAAUCUUCUGCAGUUGGACUUGGAAUCCUUCUUGGCGGUCUCAUUAUUUUUAUAAUUUUUGUCUGGGAUAGAGCUCUGCCUUCAAGUCAUACUUUCAGAAAUGCAACCCAUGUCAUCAAUGAAGAAAGUACAAAGUUUAUGCAAAUUAUUUUCAACGUGGUACCAGAACGAGUCGGCGACGAAGAGAUGAAAAAUGCCAUUGGAGGAGCUGAAUCGGAGAGUGAAAAAGUGCCAGCAUACAAGAUCUCACCAACUGGAAACGGGCAAUUCAAGUGUACACGCAUGUAAAUAUAUGAGUAUUUGUUGAGUCCGUUUUACUUCAUUUUAUAGGUGCUGUUGUUUUUUUAGAAAAUGAUUGUAACAUAUUUAUUGAACAAUUGUUUAUUUGGUGAUAGGAAUACUACAAUUUCUAAUAA